AUGGCCUCCCUGAAGCCUCUACGUGCAUACAACUUAAGGAGCGAACAUCCGAAGCGGCUCCAGGACUUUGCAUCCGACCUCAAAAAGGCCUUGGAUGGUGUGACUCCGACUGCGCAUGGAUAUUACCGCGACGUGUCGGUACUGGCCCUCCGUUGGCAGAACGAUGAUAUGCGCGUUGGUCGCCUCGAAUCUGAGCUCCUGAACAUUUUCGCCGGGGUGUAUAACUUCAGGACUGAGAGUUAUCAGAUUCCAGUUGCUGAGCCAUACCCCUCUCUGAAUUACAAGCUCCUUUCAUGGUCUACUUCUAGAGGGGGGGAACAUACACUCCGAAUAGUGGUGUAUUCCGGACACGCAGAAUUUGCCGGUACAACGGACUUCCGAUGGUUUCUAGCGGGGCGAGCCAAUGCAAAUGGAAAUCUCAUGGGGCCUAGAAUUGACUGGAGACGCGUAAGCGGCGCAAUUGAUAAUAUCAAAGGGGACAUCCUUUACAUCUUCGACUGCUGCUCCGCUGCUUCGUCGGCCAUAGAAAGAGGUCCGGAGACUAUUGCGGCUUCGGGAUGGGGACAAAUGGCAACAGGUAACCACGACUUUUCGUUCACACAAGUCCUCAUUGACACCCUCAACGACUUGAAAGGGGCACCCGAGACUGCUGCCGGGAUCUAUGCUCGGCUUUUCCGAAACGCCUACCAAAAUCAGAUAGGUGCUUGCCCUGUACAUAUACCAAAGGAAGGGUCGCCAAGUAUCACUCUCCAGAAACUGGAACCGAGAGAGGUGCAGAGACUAAAGGCCUUGAAGGCCCCGGGAUCUAACAGGGUGCUCAUCAGUGUGAAGACUCGUGAUGAGAUCUCGGAGCUGGAUCUGAAAUCAUGGACCAAGUGGCUCACGACAAACAUGCCGCCUGGAGUCUUGGCUGUAGAUGUCAAGAUCGAGGCCGCCUUCCAGGGCUCAGGUCUUAUACUUGUCACAAUGCCUGUAGAGCUAUGGACGAUGCUUCCAGCGGAUGACAGUGCCUAUCGCUUUAUUGCCCAUGUGACAUCAAAUAAUACUCUUCCACGGUUGACCCAAGGUCUGCCUAUACGCCCUGCGCCUCCCUCUGGGCCAGAGAACCAGCCCUUCCAUCGUCAGGGAAAGUGA